AUGAAAAGAGGUCUGAAAGAAAAACUACAAUGGGUCAACGGACAAGAUGAUACAACGCCUUUGGCCCAAAUUGGUGAUAUAACACUAAACAAAUCAUCCCUGCAUUCCCUAACAGCCAAUAAGUUGCCGGACAACAAUGCCAGAUAUGUGGAUUGCUUGGCCAUUGAUGCUGGCAUAUAUAUCAAUCGCCCACCAGAGGGAGAGUUUGACAUAAGAGAUGGCAAAAAAAUCUUUGUCGAGAGCACAAUUAAUGUGCAAAAGCUCGUUGCAGAUAUAGAAAAUCACACUAUAGCGAGGAGUUCAAAAAUUGACAAGUCUCUCUCAAUUGCAAGGAUCAUUGCAUAUCUUGAUCAUGACAUGAUUUUUUUACCCUUGAACGCUGGACUACACUGGUAUCUGGCAGCCCUAGAUGCGCCUAAAAGAGAAGUUCAGAUUCUCAAUUCAGCCCCUGGUGUUGGUCCAACGGAUGAACUGGAUCAUGCAUUGGAAGCGAUAACGGCGUGGUUCCAGCAGGCUGAAGAAAGAAUUAAACAACUUCCAAACCCAACAAAGUGGCCAGACUUCAACGUGGCCACAUGGGACCAGAAGACAAUCAAAGGGCUGCCAACCCAGAAAGACGGGAGCUCUUGUGGACUCUACCUUAUCAAGUACAUAAUGCUUUGGACGAGAUCCAAACUAUCCAAAACAUUUUCAAAGAAAGAUAUAGAUAUGUACAGGAGACAACUUGCACAUGACAUACUUAACAGUGACAGAAAUUUACUCCGGAAAAACCAGCAGCCAGACCAGACAAAGGCAAUUCCUGACGAUGAAGUUUCUACCAAAAAAAUAAGGAGGUCCAGGACGAGCACCAGCAGUAGAACUACACAAUAGAUAUGGCUUUCGCAUAGACAUUCGUCUUAAAUCAAACGUUUUCCCAUUUGCUCAAUAAUUUGGUUUGUAAGCAAUAAUUUGAUGUUAUUUACACGACACUUGGUGUGCGACAAUUUGCUCAAUAAUUCAGUUUGUAAGCAACAAUUUGAUGUUAUUUAUCCGGCACUUAGUGUGCCACUUA